GACCUCAAACAUAUUGAGAUUGAUUGUGUAACACCACACACAAAAUUUCAAGAAAAAAAAACAAAAGCGAAUCGGAUUUUCUUUUCUCUUUUGCUGGAAAGAAUCGCACCCCCCGUCGUCUCGCACAUCACGGAUUGGGCCCAAACGAAAAACGAAGGCUGCCUGGAACGGUGGCCCAGCACGGGGGCUAUAGCUAAGGCCUCUCAGUCGGCGGGCUACCUUUUCCCAUCUUGUAUAGCCCAUCAUUCCACGUAUCUCCGUCCCGCCUGUUGAAAAGCGAAAAGAUUCCGGAUCCUUUUAUUUUAUUAUUUAAAAAAAAAAAAUCUUUCAAGGAAAAUGUUACAAGACAUUGCCCUUUCGCACCUGCUAUAUGCAUACUGCAAUUGUAUUUAAUAGAGUGAAAACGCUUUUUUCUUUUCUUUCUUAAUUUAAAUUUGAAUUUCAAAGCCUUUUGGCUGUUUCUAAUGUGCCACAGAUGAGCGUUUGUUUCGGUUCUCCUCAUUGGCGUUCCAAACAAAACAAAAAACAAACGAAUGUUUUUAACGAUGUCACACGUUUUUGUUUCUCAUUAUUUCGAAUUUUUCCAAAAGUGCAUUUUGUUAUAUCUACCUUAUAUAGGCAAGGCUUUCGUCUCGUUUACGUGUAGAUAGAAAACAAUUGAAAUUGUUGGAAGCUGAAGAGACGAAAACCUCUGGAAAGCUAUUAUCCUUUAUUAUUCAAAAAAGAUUACAGGGACUAGCCCCUACACUUUGUCUAUAUACGGAAGACUAAACAAAAAAACAAAAAAAAAACAACAACCCCUUGUGAACAUUUUCCUACUGAUGCAAGAAAAGGAAAAGAAACACAGCGGGUUCACUCGAUGGAUUUUUCUUUGGGGUCCCUUUCGUUUAACGACUGGGCGAUUUACAGCCGAGCCAGUUGGACUGCUGCUGCUGCUGCUGCUAACAUGAUGGUCUAUACUACUAUAUAUACUAUAUCUCUUUAAAAAAAAUAGGAUUUUAUCUUGCAUUCGGCAUUUUCAACCCCCUUCUGUUUUUUGGGGGCCUUCUCCGCUGCGGGGUGGAAAUGUUUGCCUUCAAGUUGUAAAUUAACUGUGCAACAGCAGUUUUCGGGAUGCAUCAACAGCAUUUUCUCUCCGAUCGUCAUCCAAUCCGUUCGAUUUUGUGUGUGUGUGUUACAUAAACGCGUCAUGGGGGCCAAAGGUUUUCGGAUAGAUGCGCGGACUCAUGGCCGUCCUGCUGUUUUCUUUCGGAGAUCUAUAUGCAUAUUCUUGUUUUUUUUGUUUUAUGGAAGAGACUCCGGAGAUAUUGCGGAAGAGAAUAUAAAAUAUAUUUCUCAGUUCUAUAAAUAAACACACCCAGGAAAGCGUGACGUGGAAACUCGCGACGUGAGACGGAUUUUUCAGUUGUGUGGCACGAGCAUAUCAUUUAUGAAAUAUGAUGAUUUUCUUUCUUUUCCCCCCUUUUUUUUGUGUGUGUGUGGGUGCUUUCGUUGUGAUCUGAAAGCCGAUAUCCAGAUAACAAGAGUCUCGUGAUGUGUAACGGUGUCGAGAAAAGAAUUUUCCAUCGAUAAUUUCUUGUUUGAAUGGAGCGCGCGAGAGACACAAUGGGAACUCCCGCCAGCAUCUGCUGAUUACCUGGUCACAGCUCAAAUCUCCUUCUGAUUUCAGUGGCUGAUAAUGUUUUCUCAUUAAGGCGAGGAUUAGGAACCGAGUUUUGAAAAUGUGAAGGAAUUAAAUUUUUUUUUUUUUUGGGGGGGGGGGAAGAAUUUCCAUGUUGCACCGCAAACCGCAACCGCACGACACCUAUCUUAUUAAGCGAGGCGUUUCAACAUUUUUUUCUUGUAGACUCUCCCUCACCUUUUAAUUUAGGGGGAGGGAAUUAAGGAGGUCGUUAUUUUUGUAUUCCAUGCGCUCGUUUUCAUAAAUGUCGUGCUUCGUUUCAACAGCAAUCACCGUUUAAAAAGGUCAAAUGGCAGUUUCCUAUUUAGAAAAAUUCUUCUGAAACGAAAGGGGCAAAAAUGGGCCAACUCUUUGAAGGGGGAUGCGAAUCUUUUCCGAUUUUGUUCGACCCUUGAAAACCGCCUUUUUUGUAUCAUACAAAUUCACAAUCACACACACACACACGUUUGAGAGAGAGCCACACGCCCUGUGACUAUUGUUGACUUGUGGGGCACCAGGAAAUGUAUAAUUUCAGGGUGGUCAGUCACAAGAGACACAGCAGCGAAGGCGGUGCAGGUGUAUAGGAUUUCCUCUUUUAAAAAUUCAUAUUUCGUUUUUUUGUGGAAGGCCUACGACUCUUUUGUCCUUUAAAGUCAUAAAGAAUUUUUGAGUUUUCAAAAACCGAAAAGGCGUCAGGUCCAUAACCAACGCCCAUUCCUUUUUGUUGCACGUUUCUUCCUGCCAAAUAUUUAAUUACCGCUGCGGAAAAAAAGAAAGAGAUAGAGACACACCCUCCCCCACUUUGCCCGGCGAACUCCACAUGCAUAUUAAUGAUCCACAUACAAUAAGCAGAAGCUCCUUAACUCUGAAAUGCACAAUAAAAACGUCUGCCCAUCAUUAGCUACCAAAAAACAGGUCAUCAAGUCCUCGCUCCCCCCCUAUUCGUUAAUUGCCUUCGUUUGCUUUUUUUAUAAUUAGACGAUAACUAACACGACAGUUUUGCAUUUGCGCAAAUGGCCCGGCCUUUGUGAGAACCUUAUAAAAAUAAGCUUCUCUGAAAGUCUUACUAGUCGUUGCUCACAGCUCAGCAGGGCCGACCAUUCCGGUGCGGAUUUUGGGUGUGUGUGUGUGUGUGUGUGUAGUGGACGCAUAGAGCAGAGACAGUGAAGGAUGACGGAAGCAGCGGUGGGCCAUCGAAUCAAUCCGUUCUCGAUCCAUCGUAGCGAUGGAGACAGUGAUGAUGAUCCGUGGACGACAGCCGCUAUGCCCCGAAUGAUCCGCAAUCGCAUCAAACCGAUGAUAAUCUUAGGCGGAGUUCCCAAACGCCAAACGGCCGGCGUGCUGGCCAAGCGGAUGAAAAAGGAACGAAGCGAAAAGAAGAUGGCCGUCAGGUUUGGACGGUGCGUUCAUGCGACCGAUAUCCCGCCGACUUUCGGCACCCACCUGCGUGAUUUUAUGCACGCCACGUCCAUGCACGGCCUGAAAUAUGCGGCCGAAAAACAGGCCACCUGCAUAGAAAGGUUCCUAUGGAUUGCCCUUUUCCUGGCCUGUUUCUGCACAGCUGUUUUCUUCAUUAUGCGCAUGUGGUCCAAAUGGGUUUCAUCGCCCGUUAUUAUUUCGGUGGAAUCGACCGAUUUCCCCAACUCGCAAAUCAAUUUCCCGACCGUUUCCAUUUGCAACGUCAAUCAAGUCUCUAACGCGAUUGUUUUAAGUUUAAUCAGCUCCAACAGGUUCUAUCGCGAUGCCAAUAUGAGUCGGGAAAACGUGCUCGAUCUGCUGGGUGGUCUGAUGAGAGGAGGCGUUCCCGAUAGCGGCGAAGAUUACAUCACGCAAUUGGAAGAUAGCAUCCACAUGGGCGAUCUCACGUCGGCCAACUUGACUCUCUUCAUGCGUAACGUGGCGCAGCCGUGCUCGCAGAUGUUGCUCUAUUGCGAGUGGCAGAGCAAACCGGUCAACUGUUCCAACAUUUUCCAGCUCGUGCCGUCCAAUCAAGGCUUCUGUUGCGUCUACAAUCUGCAGACGAUUCACCUGAACAGGAAGAGGAACAGGGCCGUUCCGCUAGGCCAGCAACCCGUCAAGGCCUACGGUGAGGGCGUUCAAAUGGGACUGACGGUCCUGCUCGAUGCGCAAAUCGAUGAUUACGCUCUGACUUCUUCCUUCUUUCGUGGAUUCAAGGUGUUAAUCCAUCAUCCGGAAGACCAGCCUGAUCCGUCGACCAAGGGCUUCGCAGUAUCGCCGGGUGAUGAGGUGUACGUUGGUGUAACUGCCUCGUCCAUUUUCAGCACGGAAGACGUUCGGCUUUUGGCUCCGACUGCACGCAAUUGCCGCUACAACAACGAGAACACUUUAAACUAUUUUUCCCGCUACAGCCAAUCGAAUUGCUUGAUGGAACGUAUGGCGAAAACCAUCGCCCGGCAAUGCGGUUGCCUUCCCUUCUAUUUUCUAGUCGGUGAUGAAGCGACAGCCAUCUGCCGUUACAAAAAGAAACCAUGUGUUCAAUCAGCUUUCCAUGAUUUCCAUAAGAAGGAUGUCCACUGCCCGGUGAAUUGCAACACAACGUCUUACUCGGCAGACAUUUCACGCGGUCAAUUUCCUAAUGGCGAUUUCAUGUCGUCCCGAAUGGCUCGUGACAUUAAUCCGAACAUCAUCUCAAACGAAUCUUAUUUACAAAACAACGUGGCUCUUUUGCACGUCUUUUUUCGCGAUCGUAGCGGCAUCCAGUAUCGCAGGGACGUUCGUUACGAAUGGCAAGAUUUCGUUUCUGCCGUGGGAGGUUUACUGGGACUUGGUGUGGGUUUCAGCCUCCUCAGCCUGAUAGAGAUCCUCUAUUUCUGCGGUUUGCGGUCCUGUCUACGUCGUAAUCGCGUCUUUCUAGCACCAGCACCUGUUCACCCUCUGAAUACAGUUGAAUUUGAUGUUAAGAAACGCCAUCUACGGCUCCACAUUUGAGUUCUAUACCGAAUAAAAAAGACGUUAGUUUUUCAGCCGCUUAACCACGCAUCGAUCAAGGAAUGGGCUAAAGUUCCACGGGGUGGAACGAAAAAUUGGUUUGUUCCCUCUUUGAUGGCGGACAUCGUUUCAAGCGGAUUGGUUUUGAUAGAGUCCAAUGAACGUCUGACUUCUUCGACCGAAAACCAACGCGCAUCCUCCAGUUCCGACGUGUCAACAUCUAGGGUUUCGUUUCCUAGUUUGACAAUGCAAAAUACUUUGUUAAUUUAAAAACGUUUUUCACUCUUUAAAAUACAUUAUGUACCGUUGA